CUUUUUAAGCAUUCGCCAAGUUUGACCAAGAUGCCAGCACGACAUGCGCCAGCGAUUGCCAUGAGCACGCCUGCUCCCAAGGAGAUAUACAAUGUAUAUGUGUAUCUGACGGCCAUGGUGGCGUCGAUGGGUGCUUUCAUCUUCGGCUACGAUCUUGCAUUCAUCGGAACGACGAUUACUCUGGCACCAUUCGACAAGGACUUUGGUUUGACGCACGCCUCGCAAUCCGAAAAAGAUGCCUUCUCAGCAAACAUCGUUUCUUUGCUCCAGGCUGGGUGUUUCUUUGGUUCCCUGGCCGUCGCGCCUCUAGGGGACAAGUUUGGGCGAAAACCAUCUCUAUUGAUUGCCGGAGUCUUGUUCGUGAUUGGCUCGCUCAUGCAGACUGUUAGUUUCGGUCAUGUCUGGGCCAUGUUCUUGGGUCGUGCCAUUGGCGGUCUCGGUGUUGGUCUUGCUAGUGGAGUGGUUCCUCUAUACAUCGCCGAACUCUCCCCUCCUUCUAUCCGAGGUCGUCUUGUUGGCAUCUACGAGAUCAGUGUGCAAACCGGAACAUGCGUCGGCUUCUGGAUUUGCUACGGUGUCCAGAGGAACAUGGCCGCCAACUCUACCCAAUGGAUCACUCCUUUCGCCGUACAGCUGAUUCCCGGUACCCUCCUCAUCAUCGGCAUGCUCUUUGUGCCUGAGUCUCCAAGGUGGCUCGCCCAACACAAGUCCCGAUCUGCAGGUAGUGCUGUGCUGAGCAAACUUCGUGGCCUCGAGGAAGAUCAUCCCUAUGUCCAGGAAGAAUUGACCCAUAUCAUGGAUACCAUCAACGAUGUGUUCGAGCACACACCAAACGGCGGCCUCAUAGCCCAAUGGAAAGAAUUGGCUGUUCCCAGCAACCGCAGACGUAUCUUGGUCGGUGUUUUCAUCUUCAUUUUCAUGCAGGGUGCCGGUUCCAACGCCAUCAACUACUUUUCUCCGCGCAUCUUCAAGUCCAUCGGUCUCACGGGACAAUCAACUGGUCUCUAUGCUACCGGCAUCUACGGUGUUGUCCGGCUCGUCUGUGUCAUCAUCGCCAUGUACUACGUUGUGGACCGGUUCGGUCGCAGGAAAAUGCUCAUGGGCGGUGCGGUGAUUAUGCUGAUUUCCAUGUGGUUCAUCGGCGCAUACAUCAAAAUCGCCAACCCUGGCGGGUCUGGGAAACUGACAGCAGGAGGCUACGCAGCUGUUACCUUUAUCUACAUCUUCGCCGUCGGAUUCUGUUUCUCCUACGCGGGUGUACCGUGGAUAUACUGCGCAGAGAUCUUCCCUAUCCGGAUCCGUGGGCUCGGCAUGGCCCUGUGCACCGCAACGCACUGGUUGUUCAACUUCGUGCUGGCUCGAUCGGUACCUUACAUGGUGUCGAAUAUUGGCUACGGGACUUACUUCGUGUUCGCGACCUGUCUGACGCUUUCGAUCCCGUUCGUUUACUUUUUUGUCCCGGAGACAAAGGGUUUGUCUCUCGAAGAGAUUGAUGUCUUGUUUGGUGGAGCCGGGCCGAGCUUCGUCGACGUUGAAGCUCUUGAAAAGGCUGAAAUGGAAGAGAAGGCAGAAGCUUUGCAGUUGGAGCAGGUGAAGGUCUGA